AUGGAAAGAAAUACAGAUAGAUUUGAUCCGAUUUCAACCAAAAUGAGCACUCUUCAGUUUGUUAGCAGCCAGACUGGUGAGAACCUCUCCCAAGUACCGAACAAAGAGAUUCGACAAUCUCUGUGCAAAAUCAAUGAUUUACAGAAUGGACAAAUGAAAGAACUUGAAGUGAAAACAGAUGGUGUCAAUACGAGUGUCUUGUUAAUUAAGCAAAAUAAUAAAUUCUAUGCUUAUUCAAGUAAAUGCUGUCAUUAUAAGCUUCCGUUAGCAAAAGGAGUUCUAAUCAAUAAUCGUCUGCGUUGUUUUGCACAUGGCGCUUGCUUUCGUGUGGAUACCGGCGAUAUUGAAGAUCAUCCUGGUCAUGGCAAUUUACCGAAAUACGAUGUUGAAGUUAUUGGUGAUGACGUGAUUUUAGUUGCCUAUAAAGAGGAUUUGGAAAAAUUAGAGCGUAUCAAAAUACCAGAGAAUCUUGAAAUUGAACCCGAACCAGUCGUAGCUAUUAUUGGUGCUGGUGCAGGUGGAUUUACAUGCGCUGACAUGCUGCGUCAAAAUGGAUUUUAUGGCCGUAUUAUAUUAUUUACCCGAGAAGGUACAUUGCCGUACGAUCGUGUACAAUUGUCGAAGCAGCCGUCGAAAAAACCCCAAGAUCUACUUCUACGCGAUCAAACAUAUUAUAAGAAAGUUAAAAUAGAUCUAUUAACCGAAGCCGAAGUAACCACCAUCAAUUGGACAACGAAGGUCAUCACGUAUAGAAUCAUCGGCAACCAAUUGAAAUCUAUUAAGUAUGAUUACCUGGUGUUAGCAACAGGCUUACGCCCGAAAAAAUUACCGUCCUCAUUAUUGGGACAUGAUCUUCGUAAUAUCUUUUAUUUACGAUCAGUCGAUGAUGCAAGUAACCUCAUUAAUAAAGUAAAAUCACCCGAUGUCAAUAAUAUCGUGAUUAUUGGAGAUUCGUUUAUCGCUUUGGAAAUAUGUGGAUGGUUGACGACUGGUUUGGAAGAGAAGAAGAAUGUGUCAGUUGUCAUGCGUUCAAAAGUACCGAUGAUUCGUAUCCUUGGAGAGACGGUCGGUAAAGCUUUACAGAAAGUUCAUGAGAAGAAUGGAGCCAAAUUCUUUUCCAGUGCAACUGUGACGGAAAUAACAGGACAUCAUAACGUUGUUAAAUUUGUUCAAAUAGGCACAGGCCAGUCUCUUCCAUGUGAUUUACUUAUCUGCGCGAUUGGCAGUGAAUUAUGUACAGAGCUAUAUGAAAAUUCAUCGAUCGAAAUGACUGACGACGGCUUUAUUAAAGUUAAUCAACGUUUAGAAACAUCCAUCGAACACGUUUUAGCCGUUGGAGAUAUAUGUAAAUAUCCGUUGAAAGUAUUUGAUUUGGAGGAUAUAAAUUGUCAACAUUGGCAAAUGGCUUGUUCAACAGGACAUCAGGCUGCUGACACCAUUUUACGUUAUUAUCUUGGUCAAACAAAAGGUGGUGGUUCACGUUCGUUGAAAACAGAUUUUUAUACGACGCCAAUCUUUUGGACAACUCAAAAUAACAAGACCACCAUUCGAUACGCUGGCUAUUGCCACAAACCUGAAAAUAUCAUCGUUCAUGGUGAUCUCGACGGCGAGUUUAAAUUUGUAGCUUAUUACAUCGUCGAAGGGUUUGUUCGAGCCGUAGCUCAAUCAAAAUAUGAUCCAUUGUCCAGCGAAGUUGCUGAAGUAUUUCAUCAUCGACGAAAUAUUCGACAAGAAGAUAUUGAACAUGAUAUGUAUGGUUAUCGCAAAUACUUAGAUUUCAAAACAAAGAAACCGGAAUGA